AUGCCAGGUUCGAAGAUGAUGUUUCAAGACCGUCUUGCUUACAUAGAUAAGCGUUAUGAUCAUCUUCGGAAGCUCACGCAAACGCUUAAGAGGAAGAUAAAUGAUUUAGAGGACAUCAUGCGGCAAGAAAAUGACGACCGAAAUGCGGAACAAAUCCAACAGCUUAUUGAAGACAUAAAAAGGGAGAAGCAGAUGAUACGCGAUGAAGCUCACAUUAUUCGAGGCGAACUUACUCAGGCUAUGUAUAAUGAAGAUCUGAGACUAGGCACUGUAUCUCAGUCAUACUGCAAAGCGCAGUUCGUUUAUACGGCAUCCCCUUGUAUAGUCAUGGAUUACAUCUACAAGGGGAAUAACAGUCAGAAAGAGUGUGAAAGCACUAUCACAACAGAAUCUCAUGGUCUUCGUUUGAAAAGCUAG